AGUCAUUUGAUUCAUAAACAUAAAUGCAUCGAUCUUUACUACACUGAAAGUAAACCCCAAAGCUACUCUACUACUCCUCUACUUCUGUUUUAUUAUUUUCGUCUUAUGGCUCAUGUGGAUUUCCAUUUCUCAGUCCUGCUGUCUGGGAUGGAAAAAAACUUGUGGUAUGAAUCUGUUCUCCAUCUUCCUUCUUUCUGGCCUCUCAGCCAAACUUAAGGAUGAACAAAGGUCUAUGAGUUUUGCUCUGUUUGAAGCAGAGCCAUGAUGACAGAACUACUUCCUGCAGGAAAUGUGUUCUCUUGAUGUCUCUAGCUGAAGUACAGGCUAUGGAUAUAAAUAUAGCAAUUGUAAGAUGAAAAGGCUUUUGUAUGGAAGAGCUCGUAUAAAGUGUUAUUUUUGUGUGAUGCAUCCGAUGGCGGUGCAAUGUAAGAAACUACUGCUGCCAAAGAAAGAAAGUGGGAGAAAGUGCAGACUGGACUCAAACUGGAGAAAAGAGCAGUCGGACCAAGAGAUUGCCUCUAAACCCAAAAACAGAACCAGACACUUUGCCUCCACCUGCACAAAACAAAAUGAGCAGGUUAGACCUAACCAUGGAGUGGCUCAUGGUUGCAUUUGUAGCCCUACUUCUGGCCGGCCAAGUCAGCUCUGAAGAAAUUCCAUAUGAACACCUUAUAUCUCAGAUCCAGGCAUGUCCUAAAGAGUGCCACUGCCCUCCAAGUUUCCCUAAUGCUGUUUAUUGUGACAAUAAGGGUCUGAAACGCAUACCUGUCAUCCCUCCAUACACAUGGUACCUGUACCUCCAGAACAACCUGAUUGAUGUCCUGUCGGCUAACUCUCUGCACAAUGCCACACAACUAAGGUGGAUCAAUCUAAACCAUAACAAAAUCACAAGCGAAGGCCUGGAGGCAGAUGCUCUAAAGGCUAUGUCUAACCUUGUACACCUCUACAUGGAAGACAAUUUGCUGACUUCCAUUCCAUCUCCUCUGCCUGCCAAAUUAGAGCAGUUACGGCUCUCCCGAAACAGAAUCUCAAAGAUCCCACCCGGUGUUUUCUCUGGAAUGGACUAUCUCACCUUGCUGGAUCUGCAAGGCAACAAGCUACAGGAUGAUGCAGUAACUGAAGUCAGUCUGAAAGGCCUCAACAACUUGAUCCAGAUCAAUUUAGCAAAAAAUCAGCUAAAUACCAUGCCCCUCGGCCUACCACCCACAACCACACAGAUCUUUUUGGACAGCAACAACAUUGAAAAGAUUCCGGCUGAAUACUUCAAGGGUCUUCCCAAAGUGGUGUCUCUCAGACUCAACCGCAAUAAGCUGGCUAAUGGAGGUAUCCCCAACAAUGUGUUUAAUCUUUCCAGCAUCCUGGAUCUACAGCUUUCUCACAACCAGCUCACAGAGAUACCAGUUAUCUCUUCUGGACUGGAGCACCUGCAUCUGGAUCACAAUAAGAUCAAGAGUGUGAAUAGCUCUGACAUCUGUCCACCUGGUGCACUUGAUGAAUACCUUGAUGAGAAGGGUCCACGUCUCCGUUACCUUCGCCUGGAUGGUAAUGAGAUCAAACCCCCUAUUCCACGAGAGCUGAUGAUGUGUUUCCGUCUCCUCAGGGCUAUUGUCAUAUAAAGAUGCCACACCAUCUAGAUACUCCUGUCCAUUUAAUUUACCAGACCUGAAAAUGAAUGGAAACAAAAAAAAAAAAACUUGAAAAAAUUGCAAAAACUAAAAAACAAGGACUAUCUGUUUGCAAAGUCAGAAAAUAAAUAUUAAAAAAUGUACACUGCUGAAAAGACUAGUUAAGUCAAGAAUGAAUUUCAUUGCUAGUCCAGUUUCACUUAUGCUGGUAUAGUUCUGGAUUAGCUAGUGAAACUAAUCUGAUAAAGAUUUUGACCAAGAAAGCCCUGCUAAAUAAGCAAGUUGAGAUAGCUGGCAGGAAUUCUAGUAUCCAAAAUAUGACGGUCUCCUAUUUUGGUCUUUUCAGCAGGGUAGAAAUCCACAAGACUGGUUCACAUUUGCAUUUAUAGAUGGUUUCUCAUGACUUUAUUGUAAAACCACUGUGCCUUUCUUAAUUUCAUACAUAUGAAAAACUAGCAGGCCUGAUUUGUGGGAAACACCAUUAUCUGUUAAAUGUUCUGUAUAAUGAAGAGAGCUCCAAAACAAUUUCCUUAUUGGUAAGUAAUGUAAUUUCCCCAUACUGUGCAGAAGAAAAAAAAAAAAAUCCAUCUCAGUAGGUGUAGCAUUACCCAAAAGCUUACCUCACCACACAUUCUACAGUGCUUUUGGACAGAAGAGUUGUGGUCUGAUUAUGGAUCCAAAUGUUUGGUAGUAGACUGAGUGCAUACGGUGGUUUGUUUGACUUUAUUGAAUGCAUGGUUACUCUAAGUAACAACAGCACCAAGAGAAGAUUAACUUCCAAUUGUUUCUUGCCUGUGUUAUAACGAUUGACAUGUACUGACAUUUAAUAUUUUUUUUAAGUAAGUUUAUUUUUACUUUUUAAAAUCUCUUUAUAUCUUUGUACGAUCAAUAUUCAAUCAAUAUUUAGUGUGACAUUAAUAUUAAGAGAAGCAGCCAUUUUAAGAGAGAAAGAUGUACUGAGACCUACUGUUUAAAUAAUUAACGUGUAAAUAUAGUUUCAAUUUAGCAGUUGACAACGGUACUACCAGUGGACCUUCUAUACUGAUUUUAAAAUGUAUUUUUCUCUAUAAAGUAUUAUUUUUCAACACACAAAUGUGAUUAUUAUUUUUCAUAUUUUCAUUUAAUACUGCGAACUGUGAGAACCAUUAGGCUUGUCAGAGGGAAAACAUAAAAUUAGAUUAACUUUUGUUUGGUAUUCUUGAUUAAACUGGUUUCAACUGUCUCUGCAUUGUCUCCGAUUCCGUUGUCAAAGUAGAUUAACCAGCAGGUAACCUCUUUAUAAAGGAAUUUAUAUAUCCACAAGCAACAUAUUCAUCUACAGUAAUGUAACUUGUGGUUAGACUUGUGAUUUAUUUUAAUUUCCACUCAGUUGUAGCUUUUGCUAAACAUUCAGUUCCAGCAAAAGCAAUUCCCGUCUAUUAAGAAGGUUUGUUUAAGAUUUUCAGAUGCAUUGCUAAACUUCUCAUGAGAAUGUGGUGUAUGAGAAAAGCUGCCAGCACGUAUUUAUGGUCCAAGAGAGUUGUGGUUACAAAAACCUUCAAAAAAUAAAAAAUAAAAACAACCUUGUGCGA